UCCCCGGUAGAGGUCCGGAGGCGACAUGCGGCGGGGAACGGGAGCGGGGCAGGCGGCGCGGAGGGAUUUGGCUCCGACCUUUGGCGACGUCGACCUCAGCGCCGAGGAGCGUAUCGCUGGUCGCCGCCGCCUCACUGCUGCCCGCCUCGAUGCCAAGCGCCGGCAGACCCUUGGGGAAGGUACAGAGCUGAAGGUGCCUACGGAGGAGGAAGAGCAGAGAAGGAGGCAGAAGCUGAUUGAGGAGACAAAUCAGAAGCUGAGCAAGCUGCUCUUUGAUGGCACACAGCUGGUGACAAGCAUCCAGGUGGCUGCUGACCUGAGGGAAACACAGAGGAGGGCAGAAGGGGCAGAACAGAAGCUGCAGAGGGUGAAGAAGCUGGAGGAUGAAGCCAAGUCUAGCACACAGAAGCUUAAGGAGAUCACCUCUAAGUGGGCCUUGGCCAAGGAGAUGGAGAUCCCAGAGGAGCUGUGGCAGCUGCUGAACCAACAGCAGGAGCAGUGCACACUUCUUCUGGAGGAGAAGAACAAACUCAUCAGUCACCUGAAGGAGGAGUUGAAAAACAAAGAUGAGCAAUAUGUGGAGGCCAUCAAGAAGCAGUCAGAAGAUAUCCACCUGCUUUUGGAGAGGAUGGAGGAACAGACCAGAUUCAUGCUGAAGACUUACCGCCACAAACUCCUGCAGAUUGAGAAAGCUUUUGAGCUGGAGAGGCAACAGCUGCUGGACAACAACAGGAAGAAGUGGGACAAAGCCAUACAGGCCCACAGUGCACAGCAGCUGGAAUACCUGCAUGCCCGCAUGAGGAAGGUGAAAGAGACUGAGAAACAGCUGAGUCAGCUGCGGGCACAGGAUGAGGAGGAGUACAACAGCAUGAAGAGCCAUCUGGAGAGCGACGUGCAGAACCUGGAGAAGCAGCUCCAGCAGGUGAAAGCCAUCUAUCAGCUGAACCAGGAGAAGCUGGAGUACAACCUCCUAGUGCUUAAGAAGCAGGAUGAGGAGAACAUGAUCCUCAAAGCCCGGCAAAAGAGGAAGAUCAACCGGCUCCACAGCCUGCUCAAUAACCUGAGGACAAAGCUGGCCAACCAAGAGAAGCAGUUUGGAGAGGAGAAGCAGAGCCUGGCAGCCUCCUGCGAGUCCAUCAGGGGACAUCACAAGGACGUGCAGAGGAGGAUGAGGCACUUUGCUGCUGUUGAUGCUGAGAAGUUCCUGGGGGUCUGGCUGAUGAAUGAGAAGGAAGCCAAAGGGCUGAUGCGGAAGGCCCUGGAUGCAGAUCGCAUCAUCCACACCCAGCUGCUGGGGCUGCCCUGGCAAGAGCCUCAUUAUUGGUUCCUCAACAAUGUUGGCCCUCUUAGGUGUCCCAAGGAGAAGAGGAUGGCAACUGAGCUGGCUGCAGAGAUCUUGACAGAGAGCACAUCUAGGGAACAGCAGGAGGAAGGCAGAGAGAAGGAAGAAGUGGAGAGUGGAGAAGGAAGAAAAGGAAACACAGGGAAGGCUGAGGACAGAGCCAGAGCUCUGAGAAAUAUCGACAAGAAGACAGCCAAAAGGAUCCUGGAGCUUGUGAGGGAUGAGUCGGGUUUUCUUGUGGCAAGCAGUUGGUUGAAGCCCCUGCAGACACUGAAGAGGCACAAGAGCACCCUCAUGAAGCUUGACUCCAUCUUUGCAGCCCUGAAAAUUGACAGCGAGGAUGACCUGUAUCAGCUGCUGGAUUUUUUCCUGAAGUACAAAGCCCAAGGGAUGGCUCUCAGCCAGAGCCAAGACAGCCCAGGUGGGGAAGAUGUCAUGGAUUCAGCUGAGGACAGAGAAGAAGGUGAAUCUGGUUGGCAGAAGGACAAGCUCAAGUCCCCUUGGAGCUCUCUGGGCACCCUUCCACCCCUCUAUUUCCAUGCUGAUGAUGUCCUAAAGAUCCUGAAAGCAUUUGUGAAGGAUCACAACAAGCCGAGGGAGAAGGGUGGAUCAGCCAAGAAGGCACUACAGGAACGGGACAGCUCCAAGGAUGGAGAGUACUGGGAAGCCCUGGCACAUGUCAUACCUGAGCCAACGUUGAAGCUGUGGGAUGCACUGGCAGCAGCACUGGAAGGAUAUUACAAGGUGCUCACAGGCAGGCUCAGCCUUCUCACCGAAGUAGCUGUCCUGCGGCAGGAGAACUCAGAGCUGUACAGCCUGCUCCAGGAGUUCAUCAGCUCCAAGGUGAACACCAACCUGCUGCCCCCUCCUAUGCAGUAGACAGACCUCUGCCUGGCCUGGGGAAGGGCAGUGAGUGCCCAGGAGCAGGAUAUGACUUUUCUCUGCCCUGUGCUGAAGCUGUAUCUGGAACCAGGGCUUCAUGAUUCUAUGAUUCUGGCAAGAAUUAAUAAACUCCUUUCCUUCAUCA